AUAUCGAGAGACUUAUCUCCCAAAACAAAACACAAUUCAAAAUGGCUUAUUCUCCUGCUUGUUUCUUUGACGUGUGGGCAUGGGUCGAAAACCUUCCACCAAUCACACAAUGGAGAAGUGACUCCAUUUCGACGUCCAUCUCCUCCUCCUCCUCCUCCUCCUUCUCUUCUUCAUACCAACCUUCUCUCAAACUCUCCAUAACAAGAUCUCUACAUUCCUCAUCAAUCCGCUUAGCCAUUUUUGCAGAUUACAGUCUCCACGUUGCUCUAUGGACCUCAAACCCAAUACAAAUCACAUCAAAAGGGUUACUGAACCAAGAAACCAUCUUUCAUCUACUGACUAACAUCGUCCAAUCUGUCCUAAACUACGGACAUACAAGACGCCGCACCUGGGCCCCACUUAGACUGCCAAGGCUAGACUAUUAUGAUGACUGCAACAACAUCAAAGACAUCUUUAACAUAUCAUUUUUGACUCUCUCUUUCGUCGUAUGCAUCUAUGAGUGCCCUCAAGACCUUCGGGCAACGUGCAUUCACACUCUCAAGGACCAGUUCGCGGGGCCUCGCUCUAGGGCUUCAUCAUUGCUGCUUAUGAGGCUGCUAGGCUCCGACAUCGAAGAGCGGUGGAUGCGCACUGUGAACCUCGCGAUCACAAACUGGAUUGUGGAGCUGGAGGCCAGGAAUCUGCAGGGGAGCAUAAGGACACCUUCCACGUUGUUCUCGUACUCGAAUUCGUCUUUUGGGCUUUGGAAAGUCCAGCUCUACUGUCCCGUCAUAGCCAUGGACGUUGAGAAAUCCAGCAGCCCUUCCCCAGAUGACCACUUGCGCUUCUCCCUCAACUACCAUCAACUGGAGGGUGUGAUUCAAUUGAACUACAGGGUAUUAGUCCGAGAUAAUUGGAUUGAGGUACUGGUCAACACAGAUAAUAUAAGGUGUGAUGUGGUGAGAUUAUUGGAUGAAAGUCAAAUGAAAGGAAGAGGAGCAGGGGCAUGUGAAAAACACUUCCCAUCAAGAAUCUCACUGAAGCUCACUCCAUCAUCCCCGCAAAUCAACAUCCUAAGCGUGUCCGUGAGCAGAUCCUCGGAGAACCCGGCCCGAGAAAUAGGGACAGAAAGAACAGUGGAAGCGUCGUUCGAGCCUCCGAACCUGGGGCUGGGGCUCAAGGUCGGGGGCAGCGAAACGGCGGUGGCGAGCCUGAAGCCGUGGAAGUUCGAGCAGUCGGUGAAGGGAGACACGGCGUGCUUGAACUGGUUCCUACACGACAGCGGGGACGGGAGGGAAGUGUUCUCAUCCAAGCCUUCGAAGCUCGCGAUGAUGCACCCUAAGGCGUGGUUCAAGCACCGCUACUCCAACGUUUUCAGGCCCUUCACCAGGCAGGGAGGGGUCAUCUUUGCCGGGGAUGAGUACGGCGAGAAAGUGGUCUGGAAAUUGGAGAAGAAGACCACUAGCCCUGCCGCCGCCGCCGCUGCCGCCGCCGGGAUUAUGGACUGGGAACUCUCUGCCUGCAUUUGGCUAACUUAUUGGCCUAAUAAACACAAGACAUUUUACACUGACACCAGGAUGUGCGAGUUCAAACAGCUUCUCCAUCUUUCCCUUGUCUAGCUACUACCUUCUCCAAUCCAUCAUUCUUUCACUAAUAAAUAAACAAACCAUCCAAUACUGUAUUAACCAAAGAAAAUGUUAUUGGUCUGAUAGUUGAUGGGAAUUGAUGACAUCCAAGACUUAGCAGCUAAUUAUUUUUGCAUUACUUUCUCAUGUAAAGCAGUCCUUUCUAGAAGAGACAACUAUGAGUAGGGGUUGGUUCGGUUCUUGUGCUUCGGUUUUGACCUAAAACCAAAUAUAGAAUCAAAGUAAAAAGUUCGGUUCGGUUUCG